AUGCUCUCUGACCGCCUCGACUAUUGUCUGACACCGAAGCUUAGCCGUUUGCCACGUGGUGUUCUGGGCUCAGACGAGGAAGAGGAGGAUUCAAUGAAUCUGGCGUUUAUGGAGGAUCAGGAAACUGGAAUGGGCGAUUUUGGAAGUGCGAAAAAGCCAAAACCACUUCUUCAAAAACGCACCAAACACGCCAUCCACCCUGCGGCUCACCCGCCAAGUGCAAAGUUUCAAUGGGCUAACGCAAAAUAUUUGGAAUUGCUGAAAACACGUCGGUUCAAUCGGUUGGAAGGGUUCAGAUUCGGGAAUUUGAAGGGUCCAGAUUUCGAAGAGGACGACGGGAUUCAGAAGGAUAUGGACUCGGAUUCAGGGACUUCUGAAGGACGUGGAGACUUUGAGAGACAAGAGGCUGCUCAGAAGCUUAAAACUUCCAACGACGCUGUGGGAGGUCAUCUGAAUUCUAUGAAAUUUGAGACGCCACGUGGAAAAUCAGAUGUCAAAUACAUUCAGAAGUAUCCACAACGCAUGAAAGAUUUGGAUCUGAAGCAUGAGAUAAAAAUGGAGAAGGAGAAAAGCCAACGUCUUCAGAUGGAGCUGGCGAAGACCCAACAAGAAAGUGAGGAAUGGAAAUUGAGAUACGAGGAAUUGAUGAAGAAUAUGAGAAAUUUGGAAUUGACAACCAAGAUACAGUAA